AUGUCACAUUUCCUCACUGGCCUCGUCAUGACACUUCAUGAACGACGAAGUUGGGGGACGCUUCCGCUGGAGAUGGAGCGAGAGCUGAUCCUUCGAUACUAUGAAAUGCUGUAUGCUGUACGCGAGCUAGGCCCAAUGCUGCGCAUGAUCUCUAACUGGGAGAGGGGCCAUCACAAACCCCGCCGAUGGGUGCCUGAUGCUACAUUUACUUGGGGUGAGCCCCUCGAUCCCAGCACCGUCUUCUACCAAGAGUGCGAGCACAAAGUUCCGAUGGCAAUUCCUUCAACCUUUAUCAGUGUCGCCAAGCUAGUGUUGAAACGUCACAAGGAAGGUAUGGAUAAGGUCUGGUGGGAUGCUUGGUGGAUAGUGAGGCCAGAUAUGAGAAGGUAUUUCCGAAUCAAUUUUGGGGUAAGGUUCGAAUACCUCCCAGUCCAGGAAGAGGACAUCUAUUUGAGGAUGAAUUAUCCCGAUGGACGACAAGUGGUGGAAUCUGACACGGCGUAUCGUAAUUUUCCAAAUAUUGAGCCUUUAAAUCCCUGGUCAUGUCAGGAGGUUGCCAGCAACUUUUAUGUCCAAGAAUAUGGCAGGCAACCUGCCUCCAUAAAAGCUGCAUCAUCUUCAUCAUCUUCAUUGUCGUCGGUCUCAAGUCUGAGAACUCUUAUCGGCGACACUCCAAUUGCGUCCACAAAGACUUUAAGUUACCGCAAGGCAACUGAUGAGGGGGCAAGCGCCCCAACACCAGGCUUUUGUUAA